UUUAUUGAAUCAUAUCUUACGUGGAUAGCCCAUGUUCUGAUAAUCAGCUGUAGAUGUUAUUUUUGUGGGCUAGAAUGAUAAACUGAAUAAUAAUGUUUAAGAUUGGGGUGUAUGAUAUAAAGUGAAGUGCUUUAGGCUUGUUGAACACUGUAAGUUCUUUGGUUUGAAUAUUCUGAAUUUGAUUUUUUAAUGUAUUUUUUUCCUUUAUAAUGAGACAGUGCUAUAAUGUAACAAAAAUUUGUAAAAAUGAUCUUUAUUAAGAUCACUGCAUUGGAUCCUUGUUAACAAAGGCCCCAGUCUUAUAGCGAGGCCCACUGUGCAGCUGUUGAGUCUGAUGCAGUUUUUCUACCAUGUGCCCGUGGACUUUGCACAGUAUUACAGGCUUCUUGUGAGAGGAGAAGGCACUUUGGAUACUGGAGAAAGGUUGCUGUAGGCCACUGUGUUAGGGAAAAUGGAAGUGAUUUCUGAGCUGGUUAUUCAAAGUUACCUGAAUAUCCCAUACAGAGAGCUAAAGAUUAAUGGCAUUUUUUUUUGUUUUGUUUGUUUGUUUUUCUAUCAGGAAAAGAGCCUUUUUUUUUUUUUUGGUUGCACUUACUGUUAAUGGUCUGAUCUAUUUCUAAGUAUGGGUGUGCAAAUUUGACAUUGUUAAUAAGCUAUGGCUUUUGUUCUUAAUGGACCUCUAUUUAGGUCACCGUAACCCUAAAAUAUAUGCCAGUAUUAAUUAGGUGAAUGCAUUCAGUAUGUCUGUAUUUGAAGUAAACAGAUAGUGCAAGGAAAGAGGAUUGAGAGCUGUUCAAUUGAUUAGAACAAGCUCUGAAGAGGUUUGUCAUCACAUUUAGAGUUCUUUUCAGUAAGAUUUUUCUUAGAUGGAACCGUGGUUGUUUGGUUGUUGUUGUUUGGAUUCCUGUAUGUACUCAUUUUAUUAUGAUAUAGUUUUAUUUGGGAAGUUUUCAGAUUUGGUAACUCUUGAUAAGGUGUUAGCUUUGCUACCUGCUAUUGAUCCUUGGUUUAAAUGAUUCCAGAGCGUUCUUCCUGCUUAAAAAAGUAAAAGGAAAAAAAUAAUCUCAAUUUCCUGAAAAAUACCUGCUAAACACACAUGUAUUAAAAACAUACACCUGUGAGCUUUGUUGGUGUGGAACUAUAGUCACAAGUGGAGAGGAGUGACACUGUUUUUGUGUUUGUGUAAGUAUGGAAGUUUUCCUCUGCCUAACACUGGUAUUGCCUCAGCACGUUUAUGUAUCAGCCUCUAGUGAUAGAUAUCAGCUCCUAAGAAUACGUUUCAUUUACUGUUGUAAAUGGCCUAGAGCCACUUGUUUUUAACUUGUGGAAAGUACACAUCGUAACAGAGGAGGUUCUUGUCCAGGGUGAAAUGUUGUGCCCUGAAACUAAGAUAGCCAUGGUAGUUUCUAAAGCAAAUCUCUUACCAGUGCAGUAUGAAAAAAAUGAGAGUAAGGAACUUAGGAAGAUGUCCUUUAAGUGCAGGAAUUUUCCAAAUCUAAUUAGACAUGAUACAAAUAGCUGGGGGGGUGAGAUUCUAUCUAACUUCUAAAUCAAGGUAAAACGCAAUCUGAAGUGCUUGGUAAACAGUAUUUCAGUCCCUGAAAUAUUACGGUAUGAUACAUAUUUGUUCACUUCUUCCAAAAAUAAUGAAGUGACAGUGGACAGGUUAUGAAUUCCAGGCUGUAAUGCUGGGUUUGGCUUACUCUUCCUCUCAUUUCUUUCCUGUUCUUAAUGAAUACUCUUCCGCAUAUUUUUAUUUGCAAAAUGUGGGAAGGGAUGUUAGGUGCAUCCAUAGGUAUGUUUUCUAUUUUUGUUGUUGGUGGUUUUCUUACUCUUUUUUUAAGUCUGAACAGUAGCAUGUCUUGGUUCUGUGUUGUAGCUGCUUUAGCAGUAACAGAAAGACCUAGGUGUGUUACAGAUUGGGAUUUUGUGACCAGACGUUGACAUCAGUUCUCCCUUCUCUGGGCAGCUCUUUUCUGGUUGUUUCUAACUCCUGCAGAGACGUGGUUACAUAGGAGCUUAGCCAAGGAGCGGUGGUGUGGGGAUCUCCAACGUUUGCUGAGGACACCAGAUCAGAUAGGCUGUUCUGUGUAGUCUGACGGCUUACUGGGUUACGUUCAUGUUGGGGAGAGGCCUAAAACGCAAGCUGAGUGACUAUGAGGAGAACAUGGCUGGUCUCUCUAGUGCCUUCGAUUCCAGUCGAAAUCUGCCAUAUCCGCUUAAGAGGCAGCUGGUGCUUAACAUGUGCCUCACCAAGUUACAGACUUACAAAAUGCUGGUGGAACCGAACUUGCACCGCUCUGUCCUCAUAGCCAACACCGUGCGGCAAAUUCAGGAGGAAAUGAGACAAGAGAGUAAUCAGCAGCCAGUUAAUGUCUGCGCUGGCAUUACUCCUAGUACUCACAGCUACACAGGGAUGGAGUCAUCUGGGAUUUCCCUACAGUUGCCUUCAGGUAUUAGUCAGCAAGAGUCUAACUGUUGUGACUUGCGGUCUGCAGAAGACCAGAUAGAAAAUAGCCUGCUGAUAGUCUCAGAUGAUGAUAUGUCAUCUGCUAUUUCAUCAAUUCUGAAGGAUUUAGACUUUGUAGAAGACAUAAGCCCACCUACUUGUCUGGUUCCUACUGGAGACGACCAGCCAAAGUUUCCAGAAAAUGCCGGUCUAAAGCUAGAAGAUGAUAGACAAGAUUUGAAGGGAGCUGAAUGCGUGUUUGGUUCCUUUGAGAUUUCAAAUUCAACUAGCUACUUGAAGGAUUUGGCAAUAGAUGACAUUUUUGAAGAUAUUGACACUUCAAUGUAUGAUUCAGACUUCUGUUGCCCUCCGCUAACGCCACCCAGACCACCACCUCUUGCUACAGAAGAACCGUUGAAAACCUUCCCAUCGUGUAAUUCUUCUUCAGCAAACAACAUUCAAAUAUGUAGAACAGAUCUGAGUGAGCUGGACCACAUCAUGGAAAUUCUCGUUGGAUCCUGAUACUUGUUUUACCCAAAGAUACUUUUUGACUGCCACUCUCAUUUGGUUUCAGGAUAAAAGCCACUGGAAAAGUUGUAAAGAAUUAUUUAAAACACAAAGUAAAGAAUAAUUUGUCCAUAGUGGGGUUCUCUAAUUCCAAAACUUUUACGAACCAGAAAAGUGGCAGUCCUUUUCUUUUUUUUUUUUUUUUUUUUAAGAAAUAUUUAUUUAUCAGAACUGUGCAAUCAUCUUUUUCCUUCCAGGGUGUAUGUGGAACUAUAGGCACAUACCCUUAUCACCCCUCAUGCCUCUUUCAAUAAACUUUUUUAUGUGCAAUUUUUAAUUUGUCAGAAGAAUUUACAUGCAAAACAAAUUUCAUAUGAGAUGAUCUUUUACAAAGCCUCCACUUUAUUUUUAAUAUCAGAGUCUAUGCCAAGUUGGCAUAUGUCAAGUUGCAUAGUUGGAUUGCCUGGAUGCAGACGCAUUACUAGAGAUGGGUAUAUUUUAAAAAUGAGACACGCUUUGCUUUCUUUUGGUCGGAAAAGCAGAUCAAGACACUUGUCAACAAAGUCUCUUGCAUUUUCUAAAGCAUUCAGAACUAUUUAUUUUUGUAAAUUUUAUAGUCUUUCUACAUUUUACUACGUUAUUUCAUCAUAGUUCAAAUAUAAUGGACUUCUAGUUGGAUGUGUUUAGCACUACCUCUGAGCUGAAAUGCUUUAACUCUUUCCAGUGCUUCGUCUAAGACUGCAGAUCUUUUUGUUUCUAUUUUUUUCUGGGGGAAAGUACUUCUAACUCAUUAAGCUGAUCCUUUGACAGUGACCUAGCUGAUUUGUGAAAUCAAGGGUAUUCAAUGUUUAAAAACUUUUAAGUAUUUACAAAUGUAAUUUAUAUGUAGAUUGUGCAAUUUAACAAUUUUCUGUCAGUAUUAUGUGCUUAGAUUUUGAAUAAUCUUGGCGUUCUUUAAAUUAAAACUUACUAUGUACAGGUAGCUUUUUAAUCUGUUUUGGAAAACACUGUCCUUCAGCUCUGCUUUCACUACAAAGUUUAAGAUGAUUUUUAUGUGCAAUAUUAUUUAAAAAAGAUACACCUUUGUAUACCUGGCAUUGUAGAAAGGAACGCUUCAAACUUAAAACUUCUAGCACCUUGGGAGGAUACUCGAGGAGUCACCGUUUCUGUAUCCUUUAAGAGACGAAGUUGAGAAGGCUUCCUGCUGCACCCACCAGUGCUCGCUGUUCUGAACGCUCCUGAAAUACUCGCUGGUAGGCGGUGAGUCAGUGCCGAUGACUAAGAACCGUCCUGCAGCUGUGUCUGUGGGAGCUCAGGGGUCUGACUGCUCGGAUGCAGCGUCAGGACUGGGGCCUGCCCGUGCUUUGAAAGCGUUGUUCUGGUGGUGGCUGAUGGCUGUGCUGCAGGCUGUACUGAAGGAGGGUUCGUGUGUGUGUGGCAGGUGUGUAUAUAAGUAUAUAUAAGCGCACUCGUUAACUGAAGAUGAGAUUUGCAGUGAGAACUAUUUUUUCUGUAAGACAGUUUGGAUACUGUUUCAGCUUGAAUUGAGGUCUGUAUUGAUCCUUGCUAUUGUCUUCUGAAGUACACACUUGCACACUAGUUAUUUUUAGGGGUUUUUGAUUGUGUUUUUUUUUUUUUUAACUAUAAAACUUUUACUUUGGUCUUGAAAGCUGCAGCACCUGUCUGAUAAGAAAAUCUGUAGUUGUAAAAGCUUUGCUUCGUUUUUUUUGUUUUUGUUCUGCUGGGACUUUACAAGAAUGGGGCAUCUGCAGAGAAAGAAAACAUCUACUGUGUGUUGCAUCUCACAAACGUUGGAGUCCUGGCCCUAUUGACGGUGCCAGGGUAUCAGCUACUAUUUUUAGUCUUAACUGAUGCUGUAGCACACCUACCUUGUGCAAAGAUCUUUUAAUUUUUAAUUUUUUUUUUUUUUUUACUGUGACUCUUUUGGUUAACAGUUAGCUGCCAAUACAGUUUGGUAUCCCAGACCAGUGGAGAACCAGUUCAGGUCACAUCCUUGCAGCCAUCUGGGUUGUUUAGCAACCGAAGGGUAUAAAUGUAUUUAUAUGCAUAUAAUGUAUUGAUUCUAAUAUAAAACUUCUGAUCUAAAGUAUUUUGAAUUGCUGGAUAAAGGGAUUUGUUUGAAGAGUGUAUAAGUAGUUCUUGGAGAGGUACAGCUUCAGAAUGUACACAGAUUGUGCAUUGUGUAUAGACUACUCUGGCUUUUCCUCAGCCUCUACUUUUGUAUUAAAGAUAUGCCUGAAUAAAUCCUUGAAAUAUUAAGGGCCUUCUGCACUGUGAUGAAGCAGAGUUGUGGUUAAAAAUGUCUUUAAAUUCAGUGAUGAGGAAUAAAAUAAAAAAGACUGCAUUUAAUUUCUUCUUGCAUUUGAAAAUAUGGAAUGUUACUAUGCAGUAAAGAUAUUUUGGUAUUAAAAUUAUAUCAUGUAGCAAAUAGUGAACAGUUAAUUAAUCCACUUACCUUGCAACCCCAACAGAGAGAAGACUUCCUUUUCAGCAUUUACGUGCUGAACUUUUUUGUACACUUCAUAAAUAGAUGAAAUUGUUGGUACAUUUUAUCAACAAUACAAAAUGUGAUUUUUGUUAAAUUGCUUGCCACAAAGCUCUGUUUCUAAUUGCUUGCUUGCAUCACAGUGCCAAGACCAUAAAGCUGGUAUGUAAUGCAGUUCGGUAAUGUAUGGAAUUAUGUGCAAAGGGAAGAUUAAUUUUUAAAUAUGCACAAACUAAUUUUAAAAUCCUUCCAUGUAAAAUGAAGUUAGAGGCUAGUUGUGGUGGACCUAUUUAUUGUAUGUUUGGAAAUAAAAGCCACAGUUUUGCAGUUUAACCAUU